AGUUCCCCGGAGUCAUAUUCACUAAUUCUUUUUUAAAAUUUUCAAAUAAACGCUUAUUUCAGAAAUGUCUUUCUUACAGUGGCGCAGGUUUACAUUUUUUGAGAAGGAGCAAGUACGUGGAUUGUCAUCUGCUUCGGAUGGUGGGGGUCCAGGUGAUUUAUUUAGCGGACAACAAGAUCCUUUUGAAAAUUUCAAGGAUGUGUCGUGGACAUGCAGUACUUGUGGUAAAGGUUUAAUAGUUCUAGGGGACGAGGAAGGAUUCAUCUACACGUUUGACCACCAAUUCAAUGUGAACAGUUUUCGAGCGUACACGAGCGUCGUUCACCUGGUUCAUCAAUUGAAACAGUACAACAUACUCGUUACUGUUGGGGAAGAUGAGGAGAAGAAUGCUUACUUCUUAAAAGUCUGGAAUCUAGAUAAGGUGGACAGGGCAGGAACACCAGCCUGCCCAAGAGUUGUCAGAGUCACCUCAUCUGUCGACAAGAAUGCAAAGCCGACCAGCCUAGCGGUACACGAAAAUAUGAACCACAUGGCGGUUGGGUUUAGCAAUGCCUGCGUCAUGCUCUUCACUGGUGACAUCAUGAAGGAUAAACACAGCAAAAGUCGCUACCUGUUCGAAGGUCAAGGUCAUCAGGAAAAUAAGGUCACCGCCCUAGUUUUCAAAACGACCAAUCAGCAAGUGAGUUUGUUCGUCGCUACGGAAACGGAAGUUGUUCGGGUUCAUUUGUUGCCCAGGGACAGAGAUCAGAAGUUGAGCCUGGAUAGCAAGGGCUGUAAUGGGCGCUGUUGCCUCCUGCUGACUGAUAAGAAACAACUGCAACAAUUCAUCGUCGCCAGGCAAGAUGCGGUUUAUUUUUACGAGAUAGAUGGCCGAGGGCCGUGUUUGGCAUUCGAAGGUGAGAAGUUGCAGGUACAUUCCUACAAGGGCUAUCUAAUUAUAGUAACUAGGGAAUCCCAACAACCUAUUAACAGGGCGGAGCAAUCAGAUGAUAACGAUAGCUCAUCCGAACAACAACAACCACAACAACAACAUCAGCAACAACCUCAACAACAACAACAUGAAAUCAACGUGCUAACAAUAUACGAUCUGCAAAACAAAUUCAUUGCCUAUUCAGCUCCGUUCAAUAAAAUAUUCAAUGUCUUUGUUGAGUGGGGUUCACUUUUUGUUCUUUGCUCUGAUUUUAAGUUGUACAACUUGCAAGAGAGAGACACUCAGUACAAGUUAGAUUUGUUAUUCAAGAAGAACUUAUAUGAUCUGGCAGUUAGCUUGGCUCAACAACACGAUCAAAGUGGCUUAGCGGAUAUAUACAAACAAUAUGGUGAUCACCUCUACAACAAAGGUGACCACGAUGGAGCCAUGCUGCAGUACAUCAAGACCAUCGGUCAGCUCGAAGCCUCAUACGUCAUUAGGAAGUUUAUAGACGCCUCUCGCAUCCACAACCUGACCUAUUAUCUGCAAGAACUGCACGAGAAGGGCCUGACGAAUGACGAUCACAUAACGCUCCUGUUGAAUUGUUACACGAAGUUGAAGGACGUGGAGAAGCUCGAUCAGUUCAUCAUGACGCACAAUUUAAACUACGACGCUGAAACAACGAUUCGUGUUUGUCGAUCAGCUGGCUACCACAAGCAAGCUUUGCACGUCGCCGAGAAGUACAACAAAACUGAUUGGCUGCUGAAGAUCCAGUUGGAACAGAUCAAAGACUACAAGAAGGCUCUUGAUUGCAUAAGCAAGCUGGACAGGGAAGAGGCGGAGUUGUACAUGAAGAAGUACGGGAAGGAAUUGUUGGAGGCAGAACCUGACCUCACCACCAAGUUCAUCAUCAAGCUCUGUACUGAUGAUGAUGGAGGUUCCUCGUCACCGAAGCGGAAACUAACAAAGGCGGACGACUUCAUGCACAUCUUCGUCAACAAGCGCGCCCAACUGACCACAUUCCUCGAAUGCCUCACCGACGCCGAAUCAGACUCCACCCCCAACAUAACGAAUACGUUGUUGGAGAUGUACCUCUAUGAAUAUGCAAAAGAAAGUGAUGCACAGGCGAAGAAAAACAUUGGCGAAAAGAUCUUAAUGAUGUUGAAGGAUAAGAAGAUGAAGUACGAUACGUCGCAUGCUCUUGUCUUGUGCCAGUUGCACGACUUCAGCGAUGGCAUGAUCUGCCUCUACGAACAGAAUAAAAGAUUCAUGGAGUUACUUCUACACUUAACAAGCAACGAUGAACACGACAAAAUCAUUGAUACAUGUCUCAGAUACGGAUCCAUGGAGAGGGACCUUUGGAUACAUUCACUGAUCUACUUCGCCAAGAGGAACGACCCUGGCCACAAUCACUACAUCAAAAUUAUACUGGAUAACAUAGAAAAGUGCAAUAUUAUGCCCAUGUUGAAAGCGUUGAGGAUUCUAUCCGAAGCAUCAAAUCUCGAUCUGUCUAUCGUCGAGGAUUACAUCAAGCGAGCUGUUAAGAGAGAUAACGAAACGAAAUCUGAUAACGAGAAAGUGAUUGAAAAGUACGUCAGUGACACAAAGAUGAUGAGGAACCAGAUACAGAUAUCUAAGACGCAGGCGAAAGUGAUGCAGAACCAGAGAUGCAGCAUAUGCAUGCACUCGCUGGAUCUGCCAUCUCUUCAUUUCUUCUGCGAUCACUCCUGCCAUCUGCAUUGUUUUGAAAGCUACUCAGAGAACACAAACGAGUGUCCGCUAUGCUAUCCAACCAACAAGAAGUUGAUGGAGAACCUGUACAGUCAGAGACAUGACGUCGGCCUGCACGAGACACUCCAGCGACGACUCAACUCACCCACAACUACUGAUAGGUUUGCCGUGGUUGCCGAGUAUUUUAGCAUGGGAUUGUUUGAAGAUAAAGAUAAGAUGGAAAAACCGGAAGAAGCAUCAAGAAAAUAAUGAUGGGGAUGACGAGGAUGACAUAAAGAUGGCGAUGACAACCAGCGCAGAUGAGGACGAUUUUGAACAAAUCAUUUUCCCAUUUGUUUCUUUUAUAUUUGCACACCCUUCAUAUUUCUAAACAUCAUGCGUUUAUCUACGUAUGUUGGUGUGUAUGUUUGUAUAUGCGUAUGUAUGUUUGUAUGUACGUACUUGUACGUAUGUAUGUAUGUACAUAUGUAUGUAGGGAUAACAACACUUGUUUUAACUUUUUACCAGAAGACAUUUUAUACCUUCGUGAUCGAGGAACGUUAAGGACUGAUUUUUAGAUGGCAUUUCACAGGAAAGGGCGACAAUUUCGCGAUGUUUCUAUAAAUAAUUACCAAUUAAUUAUUCGUGACGGCGUCAUAAAUCAUCUAUCUUGAAAUAAUUUAAAGUAUUAUAGCAAUGUCAUAAA